AUGGACCUCAUCACACAAAAGUCUCACACGCCAUCUCUGCCAUCGUUUACGCUUCAAUCAUCAUCCCGCGAGCUCCCUUCAGAUGGCGGGGCGUCACCAGAGGAUCAAGAACCACUUCGAAUCUUCGUUUUCGACACGCAACGGACCAGUGCGCAGCUUUUCAGUCGGCAUCUGCUCUCCCAUCUGCGCUUCGGUAGUAUUUCGAACCCUUAUGCUCUGGCAGCAACACUGGGACCCGACCGCGUACAGCCGAAGCUUCAGAAUAACGAGCUGGCGAAGAAGGCGUGGGAUGACCAGAUUGCCGCAGCACCCACUCGCAUCACCUCACUCACUUACAAUAUUGCCACCGAGAGGCUCCUCCGCGAGGCCGACAAGCUCGAACACGAGGGCAAGAUCCUUUUCGUGCGAGAGCAAUCACCGCUGAUCAUGAGACCCGACGUCGUCCUCUCCGCCAUCCACAGCCAUGAGCCCGGGUUCUCCAGACUCACCAACCCGACAUGCUUGCCCGAUGCAUUCCUUGCUCUCGUUACCCCAAUCAUCUUCAUCCGGCAUCCAGCAAAGGUGAUUCCCGCUUGGCUGCGCGAGGCAAACAGCGUCGGCCCAUUCUACAAUAUCGACGACGACGAUCUGACGUUCUGGACGAGUGCGCGCUGGUCGCGCAUGAUCUUUGACUAUCUGCGCCCCGUGGCACCGGCGAAACGACCUGCUUCUAGAAGACGGCGCGCGGACUCGGUGCUUUCCACACACCAAGAUCUUCCGCUCAUAGCCAGCUGGCCGAUCGUCAUUGACGAUGCGGACGUAGUGAACAACACUCAUGCCAUCCUCCUCAUGCUCUGCCGCCUGCUCGAUCUCGACACGGCGGACAUGGAGGAGACGUGGGGUUUCGGGCAGAAGUUCCAGCGUGCGUCGUUUACGGAUCGCGUGCGCCCCGAGCCAAAUCGAAGCAGCCAGAAACACCGCCGGACAACGUCUCAGGCCUCAGAAGAGCUCAUCGACCUCGACGCAGAGCAAGCGGAGUGGAAACGGGAGUUUGGUGACGAAACAGCACAAGCACUUCGACGGAAAGUGGAGGAUGAGCUGCCGCACUACCAUUACCUCAGAAACUUCAAGCUGCGCGCAUUGCCCUCCGCCGCGGACAACGUUACCUUCAAAGAAGACGUGUUUGGCUCGUCCUCGGCGCCAAUCCCGCUCGCCAAGAUGCGUUCGGCUUCAAUGUGGGGUCACGAAGACGAGAUAUGGUCAUCUGGCGUGCAGAUGAAGCCAAUCUUCCGGUCUGCUUCGUUGGGACAUAUUGCUUUUGGGAGCGGGGGAGGGGCAUGA